AUAACGCAAUCAAGUUAUUCAAGGCGUUCAACUUCCAACGCAACAAAUUUGAGUAGCAAUUCAUUUGAGUCGUCAGCAUGGUUUUAGGUCGAGUAAUUGACAGUUGGGCUAAAGAUGUCAGGUUCCCGACGUCGUUGGAUGCAGAUGGAAGUGAUGCUGUGCAUACGGAUCCUGAUUACUCGUGCGCUUAUGUAAUGAUAAAAUUGGAAAAUAAUCUAGAAGGGUAUGGACUAACGUUUACACUUGGAAGGGGAACAGAAAUAGUCGUGUUAGCCUGCCAGGUGAUUUUGAAAAUGCUAAUGAAGGAAAACAUUGAUGAAAUAUUCAGUAACUUCGCUGGAUUUUGGAGAAAAAUAACAAAUGACUCGCAAUUGCGUUGGUUGGGGCCUGAGAAAGGAGUAAUACAUCUAGCGACUGCUGCUGUUUUCAAUGCCCUUUGGGAUCUGUGGGCAAAAUCAGAAGGUGUCCCGUUAUGGAAACUACUUGUAAAUCUGACACCAGAGCAGUUGGUUUCAACAAUUGACUUCCGAUACAUUUCAGAUGUGAUAACAAAGGAAGAGGCCGUCUUGCUUCUAAAAGAAAAACAGUCUUCAAAAGGCGUUCGAGAAGACCACCUUCUCAAAACUGGUCUCCCUGCUUACACAAGUCAGGUCGGUUGGCUGGGCUACAGUAAUCAGAAAGUUCGUCAGCUUUGUAGAAAAUAUCUCGCCCUCGGGUUUACACACUUUAAAAUUAAAGUUGGUAAGAGUGUUGAUGACGACAUGCGGCGACUAGGCCUAAUACGUCAGGAAAUCGGAGCAGAAAAUAAAUUAAUGAUAGACGCCAACCAAAUCUGGGAAAUUGAAGAGGCAAUCGAGUGGGUGAAGAAACUCGAAAAAUUCAAAAUUUACUGGGUCGAAGAACCUACUUCGCCCGACGACGUUCUGGGGCAUGCGAGAAUCGCCAAUACCCUUCGUCCAUUAGGUAUCGGUGUUGCCAGUGGUGAAGCGUGCGCAAAUCGAGUAAUUUUCAAACAAUUUCUCCAAACAAAGGCAAUAGACUUCUGUCAGAUCGAUUCAGCAAGAAUUGGAAGUGUAAACGAAAUUCUAUGUGUAUAUCUAAUGGCACACAAGCUGGGAAUUCCUGUCUGCCCUCACGCUGGAGGAGUAGGCCUGUGUGAAAUGGUGCAACAUUUACAAAUGUGGGAUUUUAUAAGUUUAAGUGGAACAACCAAUAACAGAAUAAUUGAGUAUGUUGAUCAGCAGCAUGACCAUUUUGUAAACCCGACUAUUGUUGAGAAUGCCCAUUACAUGGCACCAAAAUCUUCCGGAUACUCCACAGAAUUAAAAAAAUCGACAUUAGUGGAUUAUGAAUAUCCUAACGGGCGAAAGUGGGAAGAACUGUUCAACACUGGAAUUUACGUAAGACCUUGAUAUUGUUGAAAAUUUCAAGCGAGUCGGGAACGAUGUAGAAUUUUUAGUUUUAGUAAAAAAUUGUCUUCAUGAUAUUGAA